AUGCUCCUCAUCUUUUGGAUUGGUUUGUUUAUUUCUGUCACGGGGAUUCAAGUAACCAGAGCCUUGUUUAAACGGAGAAAUCGGCCCCCGCUCCCGCCCGGUCCUCCACGAACUCCGAUUAUUGGAAACUUGAAAGACUUACCCGCCGUGGACCAGCAUUCUUGGUUGCAUUGGCUUAAACACAAAGAAAAAUAUGUUCAAUCAAUUUGCUGGGUGAAAACAUCAUUUUUCUUCACGAUGUUCGACUUGCUGUGGAAUUACUCGAAAAACGAUCCGUUAUCCAUUCUUCCCGAACUAAACCAACCUUUGUAUAUUACUGGUGCCAUGGCCAACUCAGAACAUGUUCGCCGGACUCGAAAAUAUCUUUACCAAGAGAUAGGAUCCAAUAACUCUGUCGCCUCAUUCAACGAACUUCAGUCAGCUGAAGUCGCACAUUUGUUACUGCGGCUUUUGAACAAGCCCGAAAAUCUACAGCAACACAUCCGGAAGGAAACAGGCGCACUUGUUCUCAAGCUCAGCUAUGGAUACACCAUUGAGUCCCAUGAUCGUGAUCCGCUUGUUGAUCUGGUCGAUAAAGCAAUGGAAGAGUUUAUUGUUGUAAUGCUUCCACUAACAUGGUUGGUGGAUUUCAUCCCCAUGUUAAGGCAUUUACCCUCGUGGUUUCCCGGAGUCGGCUUCAAAGAAAAGGCUAAACAAUAUAAAACCAAGUCAACUGCACUUAGUGAUGUCCCCUACGAGUUCGUCAAAGAGCAGAUGAAGAAGGAUGGAUAUGUUCCAUCCUUGUUGUCAAACAUCCUCAAGAAAGAACCUCCAGCUCCCGGAUCUAUGGACGAAACCAUAAUAAAAUGGACGGCCGCAUCUGUGUAUGCAGGAGGAGCUGAUACGACAGUUGGAACGGUUUCGAGCUUUUUUCUGGCAAUGGCUCUAUUCCCAGAUGUGCAGCGCAAGGCACAGCAGGAGUUGGAUGCCGUCCUUGGUGAAAAUCGACUGCCGCAAUGCAAAGACCGAGAGAAUCUUCCUUACAUCGAUGCGCUGGUGAAAGAAGUAUUUCGAUGGCACCCGGUGGCUCCAAUGGGUAUACCGCACGUUUCGACAGAGGAUGACAUAUGUGAGGGUUAUUUCAUCCCCAAAGGAUCUUCAAUUCUCACAAAUCUUUGGGCAUUCGCACACGACGAAGAUGUGUACCCAGAUCCUAUGAAUUUCAAGCCUGAGCGCUUCCUGGCAAGCGAGUCCCAUGUUCCUGAGCGCGAUCCUCGCUUCAUUGUGUUUGGGUUUGGUCGUCGAAUUUGCCCCGGUCGCAACGUUGCUGACACGAAUGUUUUCCUAAUCAUUGCACAAGUUCUAUCUGUUUUCAAUAUCUCAAAGCCUCUGGUAGAUGGCAAAGAGCAAGAUAUUGCACCAGAGUUUUUGCCGGGUGUACUGAGCCAUCCUGCUCCGUAUGAUGUUACUAUUCAGCCACGAAGUGAAAAGCAUCGUGAGCUAGUUAAGUCUCUUGAGCAGACUUAUCCAUGGAAAAAAAGUCAUGCAGAAUUCCUCAAAGGUGUACCCGAUUUGAAUACUACUAUUUAG